GUGGAACAUUUGUAUGAAAGGCAAGCAAGGUGGAUCCACACAGUCAAACCAUCUGUCAUUGAAUUUUAAACAAAGAAAGUGAGAGACAGAAAAGAGAGAAUUAAGCGAAACAGCACAAAAGCAAAACGACAACAUCUCACAGCGCAUAAUGACAACAGAGGAGCAGCUGCAGCAGCAGUCUCCAACAAUGUUUUGUAUGCGAAAGAAGAAGAUGUCCGAGAUGUCAGACACCGACAGCCCCCUCCUCCACGACCAAGACAUGACCACCUCCUCCGCCCUCGCCGCCUUCCGCGCCAAGGAGGACGACAUCGAGCGGAGGAGAUCCGAGAUCAGAGACAGAGUUCAAGCUCAGUUGACGCGCGUCGAGGAAGAAGCCAAGCGCCUUCAUCUAAUUCACGGAGAGCUUGAUUCUGUGACGGAUCCGAUGAGGAAGGAACUUGCAUCGAUUUGUAAAAGGGUUGAAAUUGUGAAUCGAGAUGUGAAAUCGUUGGGAGUCACCUGUCAGAAGAAGGAAAAAGAGUAUAAAGAAUCGGUUGAGGCUUUCAAUGAGAAAACCACAGAAAAGGGGCAACUCCUUGCCAAAUUAGCAGAGUUGAUGACUGAAAGCGAGAAAUUGAGAUCCACCAAAUUAGAAGAGCUCUGCAAGAACAUAUAGAAUCCAAUAAUCCCUUUACUAGGAUUUUGUUUUUUCUUGUGCUGCUGAUCUAACUAUCUUUUUGUUAAGGUUUCCAUCUUGUUUGGUUGAGUGUUUGAAGAUUGUUUUUUUCCA